CAUUCUACUAGACACUACUAUAGAGAAUUCUGUGAAUUCUGUUUAUAGAACAUAUAUUGAAAAAAAAGUUUUUGUUUAAAAUCGUUUAAAUAAUGGCACUCGCAUUCGGACAGUGUAAUUCAAUAAACUGCACUCAAAUUGGGACAUUGCAAUGUCCAACUUGUUUAAAAAUUGGAAUAAAGGAUUCAUAUUUUUGUAGUCAGGAUUGUUUCAAGGGAAACUGGAAAGAACACAAAAUAUUGCAUAAACUCGCAAAGGGAGAAGGAACAAAUAAGUCUGGCGAAUACAAUCCUUGGCCUCAUUAUCAUUACAGUGGGAAAUUACGCCCUUACAAAAAGGAAUCACGUCGUUUAGUUCCCCCAGCUAUAGCCCGUCCAGAUUACGCCGUACAUCCCGAAGGAAUUCCCCUUGGAGAACAAGAAGUCAGAGGUUCAUCUUUAAUUAAAGUUCUAGAUGAUGAGGAAAUUGAGGGGAUGCGUGUUUCUUGCAAGCUUGGUCGGGAAGUUCUCGAUGAAGCGGCUAAAGCUAUUGAAGUUGGAGUGACAACGGCUGAGAUUGAUAGGAUUGUACAUGAAGCGUGCCUCGAAAGAGACUGCUACCCUUCGCCUCUAAAUUAUUAUGAAUUUCCAGCUAGUUGUUGCACUUCUGUAAACGAGGUGAUUUGUCACGGAAUUCCCGAUAAGAGGCCAUUACAAGAUGGUGACAUUUGCAAUGUGGAUGUGACAGUUUAUCACAACGGGUUCCAUGGCGAUUUAAAUGAAACCUUCUUCGUUGGCAACGUGAAGCCAGAGGUGAAAAAACUCGUCGAAGUCACACACGAGUGUCUGUCAAAAGCAAUCGAUAUUGUUCGACCUGGUGAAAAAUAUAGAGAAAUUGGCAAUGUUAUUCAAAAACAUGCCCAGGCGCAUGGAUUUAGUGUAGUUAGAAGUUACUGCGGACAUGGAAUUCAUCGUCUCUUUCACACUGCUCCAAAUGUUCCUCAUUACGCAAAAAAUAAGGCGGUUGGCGUAAUGAAAGCGGGACAUUGUUUCACGAUUGAGCCGAUGAUUUCUCAAGGAACGUGGAAAAGUGAUACGUGGCCUGAUAAUUGGACGGCUGUGACGACCGAUGGAUUGUGGUCAGCACAAUUUGAGCAAACUUUAUUGGUCACAGAAACAGGAUGUGAUAUUCUGACAAAGCGACGAACCACCGAUGGAAAACCAUGGUUCAUGGAUAAUAAAGCUUAAUAAUCGAUUCAAUUCAAAAACAAAAAAGUGAUGAAUUAAAUUUUUAACAAUUUCCUAAUUAAAUAAUUGUCCCAGUAACAAGACUCGAAUAGGAGUAAAAUUAUAAAAGAAUACUUAAUUUCAUUAAUUUCAUUCAAUUCCGGAAAUUGAAUUUUUUUAAUUCCCUAAAAUAAGUAGAAAAUAAAUUUAAACUUACAUUACUAAAAUUCUAUUUUACAAUUUAGAAUUAUUCUAUACUAUUCUAAUAUUAUUCUAUACUAUAAUAGAAUACUCGCUUCUUGAAAUAGAAAACAAUUUUUCGUAUUUCAAUUUUCGAAAAUAAGAGAAUUUCCUGAAUUAAACGAAAUAUCGUCGAUUAAAUAUGAUAAUUCUUUUUUUCUUGAGAAUAAGAAAAUUUUAAUUCUUUAAAAUUCAAGUCUUCUUACCGGGUGGUCUUUGGAUUUAUUUAUCCUUCAGAGGCACUAAUUGUCGUGUAAAUAAAAGCACAAUAUUAUAUAUCGUUAACUGAAAAAAGGUUAACAAAAUUGCGAGCAAAAUUGUUAACAAAAGGUAACGUGAAAUAAAAGAAAAAGAAAAAACA